CGGAAAUAGGGAGGCGUGGGUUUCACGCGUGGGAAACCCUGUUUCCCACGGCCUUCGAUAAAGUUGUUCUUUCCUCGAAGAUGAUGCAAGCGCCGCCGCUGCUGCCGCCGGUCCUCACGCGGCUCAUGCGCUUCACGGAAGGUGACUUGGUCAAGACGCCGUUCGGCGAUGGGACCUUCCAGCGCAAGCUCACACAAGCGCCAGGCCGCCACGUUUACGUCGUUGCGCUCAAACGCGGUGGCAUCUUGUACUCGCAGACGUGCUGGAUGAUGCCACGCCUGCCGACGCUGUCGGGCAACGAGAUGCCCCAUGGCGUCCACAUCGAGACGCGCUCGUCCGGCGCCCGCGGAAGCAUUCUGCAGUACCGCGUCGCCGAGAAGAGCUACGACGUGGCUUUGGAGGACGGAACGACCGCGACGUUUGCCGCUGCGGACCUGCGCUUGGCGUGCCGAACGCGGUGCCAAACGCAGUUUGGCCUCGGCACCGUCGUCGCCUAUCGCGCGGCCAGCGACAGCUACGUCGUCCAGCUCGAUGCGAACGCGACCGCCUACAUUCAAGCGGCGGACGUGGCGGCGCUCGACUUGCGCUUGCUCGAGAAGAUCCCCAAGCCGUUCAGCGCCGCCCAAGUCGUCGCCGAGUUCAACGGUCGUGUGUCGCAAGAGCAGGCCGAGGCCAUCAGCGCUGCUGGGGAGAACGCCUACUUGACGCUGCGCGCGUACUGCGAGAAGAACGCCGGCGCGCUCACGUCGAUUUCGACGACGUUUACGUACGGCCGCGAGUACUCGGAGGCGCUGGCGUCGUGCGUCAACCCCGAGAUCCAAGACGCUGCCGGUCGUGUCCGAGCGGCCGGCGAGCGCGAGCUGGAGAAGCUCACAAAGCUCACCGAGUUGGUCAAGCACCGCAUCGACGACCAGAUGACGAGCAACGCCGAGCUCGCCGCUCUCACGGAACACUCGAAGAAGAUUCUCCAAGGCAUUGGCAACAGCAUCGAGAUGCGCCGAGUCGCCGACGAGCUCAACAGGCAGCUCCAAGCAAGCGCCUCGAGCGACGACGGCCGCGCGCUCAUCGAGCAAUUCAAGGAACUGCUCCAGGCGCGCGUCGAGCAGCAGCGGCGGCGCCUCGAGCUCCUCGAGCCCACCACGCUGCUCGACAACCUCCAAGGCACCCUGUCGCCACGCGGCCUCCAAACCAAAGCGGCAGCCUUUGUCCAGCACGUUUCGGGGAGCAUGGCGACAUUGGACCCGCUCGAGCUGCUCGCGCAAGUCGAAGAGCUCUUACCCAACGUGUCGAGAAGGGCAGCAGGUCUCUUGGAGGACGGCGAGGACCUCCUCGUGCGGCUUCAAAGCAGCAAGCAGGGCCAGAAGCUGCUCGAGAAGGCCAAGGAGCUCGCGCACGUCUCGGACGACCCGGAUGCGAUCCGCGACAAGGUCACGCAAGCCGUCGCCAACGUGCGCGUCGACGAUCUCGCCAAGUGGGGGCGCAACCUCGCGGUGGACAAGGCCGCGCGGCAAGCGUUCGUCGACCAGGUCAAGGACCACUGCUUGGACUUUCUCAUGUCGGUGCUGCCGACGAUCGAAGUGCCGCCCAUCGUCGGCACGAAGGACGAGAUCGACUACUCGAUCUCCGUCCUCGACCUCUCCAACUUUCACGUGCCAAAGGAGAAGGUUGUCGUCAAGCUCGGCACGGCCGCCGACGACGAAGUGCUGACGAUGCGCGCGUCGAGCAUCUCUUCACUGAUUCCGGGCCUGCAAUGGACGUUUGCCCAAAAGUAUUUUCCGUAUCUCAAUGGCGGUGGCGCGGCCGACGCGUCCGUCAACGGCGGGUGCAUCUCGCUCGGCUUUCGGGCAGAGAAAGUGCUCUCGAAAGAGACGGGCGAGUACGAACCGACGUUGGCUGUCUCGUCGAUUGAGAUUGAGAUCAAAGAAGAGCUCAAACUCACGGUGCAAGGCAGCUGGUUCUCGGCCGUCUACAACGUGCUCGCGACGCUUUUCAAGGAGCUCAUUCGCGAUUACAUUGCGUCGACGCUCGAAGCGAGCCUCAUUGAGCACGUCGUGACGCUCGUGAGUGCGCUCAACAAGCACAUCAAGGGCUACUGGCCGCUGCUGCUCCAAGUGCUGCACGUGACGGUCGACCAACUUCCGGUGGCGAGUGCGUGGCGCGGCGCCAAGCCGCUGCCGCCGCCGCUGCCGCAUGAAGACGACAUUGAGUUUGGCCUGACCAACGUCCCGCUGGUUCUCACCAAGCGCAUACGAACCCGCAUGGCUACGGUCACCGGCGUCACGGUCCCACCCACCGCGUCGACAACAGACCGCGACGCGCUAUUGAGUGUACCUUUGCACUCGACGCUCGUCGGCAUCAACGGCCUCUCGUGUGCCAAACUCACGGCGAGCGAAGUCAAGACGCUGCUGACGACGCUGCCGGCGCCAGUCGUCCUGCGAUUUGCCUCUCCGUCGCCAGACGACGCCUUUGCCCAAGUGGCACCGCGCCGCAAGCUCCGGACGUACGACGUCGAGUUUGGUCCAGGGUCCUUUGGCCUCAAGCUGCGCGCACGGCCGCUGGCGCCGCUCGGUGUCAUUGUCGCGGGUUUCAUUCCGGACCGCACCAAGGACGAGACCAAGGCCAUGGGUGCGGGCGAGCUCAGCGGCCAGAUUCGCCCGGGCAACCUGUUGCUCAAGGCCAAUGGCUGGGACUGCCGCGACAAGGAGUUCAGCGAGGUCAUGGAGCAUCUCAAGACGCUGCCGCGGCCCGUGACGUUAUCGUUCUCGACCAGUCCCGACGGCAUCGUGACGCUCACCGAGUGGCCGCCGCUCCUCGAGCUCGACAGUCGCGGCGAUCAUGUGAUCGUGUCGGGGUUCACGCGGCUGCCGUCCAUGGCACGCAACUCCAAGCAAGUCGCGGAGGGCGACACGCUCGUCUCGAUCAACGGCAAGGCGGUCGCCAAGCUUCCGUACGACCGCAUCAUGACGCUUCUGAAAGAGGCGAUGGACGCGCCGCCCUUUGACGUGGUGUUCGGCAAGAAGAGCGAGAAGAAGACGACGAGUGUGCACUUUGCCCAUGGGCCCAUGGGCAUUCUCUUUGGCUCGGACCGGGACGGCAGUGUGUUUGUGAAAAAGUUCAUUCCGGGGCUUGGGCCCGCAGAGCGGAGCGGACUCGUUCACAAAGGGUUUGUGCUGCUUCAAGUGGGCGGCAAGACGGUGUCCGACGUCGACCACGCGCAGUCGCUCUUGGCGAGUGCGACGCCACCCUACUCGCUCACCGUGCGCGACCUCGAGAUGGAAGCCAGCAUUGCGCAAUUGUACUAACACUGCUAUGAGAGCUACUAUACAAUGAGUGACGGGA